AUGAGCGAGCGUCGGCUCAUUGGCGGCCUUAUCGCCGUCGUGUUCCUCAUCGCGAACCCUGGUGCAGCCAACGAGAGCAGCGACGCUUACCUCCGCAACGUCGUUACCCCGAGGAGGCCCGAGGAGACGGUCCUCGGCUUCUCUCCCACGGAGCUCGCCGGCAUGUACACGAGGGCCAUUGAGCGGGGCACUCCUGUCAAGUACGCUCCUUUUAUAAAUACGCUUAAUCAGCAGAUGCCAAAUGUGAGAGGCAGGUACGAGCUUACCGAAGUAGCUGAUCGACCGCAUCCUGGAGAUCUUCAGUACGCUUAUUACUUUUAUCCGCUACAAGCCUUUCAUCAUGAGCUGACUAAUCAGCAUGGAUAUAGGACAGUGCCCAAUUUCAAAUAUGACUCGGUGCCAGCUAAAAGCAGUAAGAAAGAUAUGAAUGCCAUGAAUCCGUUACUAGUAGGCAUAAGCAGCUUCAUGGGAAUGGCUUUAUUUUUUUUGCUCAGUUUAUUUUUUUAUCCUCGAUUUAUGCACUUUAUGCAUUUUCCUUUCUUCAAUACAUCUAGGACUAUUUUUCAAAAUGAACUCACAAACCUCACGGCUUUUGUCACUGAAGCUAUAGAUUACUAUAAUAAGAACAUGAGAAAGGGCUCAAAACGGUCAUCUUUAUAAAAUUAUGAGAUCAUAACACAGGAGCAUUUUGUUCGAAUGGCCAUUCUAAAAAUAAGCAUUGUAAUUAGUUAUUGGUUAAUCAAAAUUAUUAAUCGACAUCAUGGAACAUUGUUUAAAUGUUUGUAAGAAACAUAAUUUCAACUUUUUCAAUAUGCUUUACGUACCUUAAGUGUUGAAAAUAAAAAUUAAA